AUGCAGGUUGAAGUCGACCCUAAUGAGGAUACCGAGUGGAACGAUAUCCUCCGCCAACAUGGCAUUAUUCCCGAAAAGCCCAAAGACCCUGAGCCUCUGAUCCAAGAAGCUCUGAUUGCCGCACAGCACAGAGCGCACGAGAACCGACUUGAGGACAAAGACCUUGACGAGUUGGACGCACUGGAGGAUGAAGAAGAUGACGAGUUUCUCCAGAGUUAUCGUCCGAUUAAACAGGCAAAAACGAUUCGCGGAGCUCUCCACCCUCCAAAAACCAGCCACUUCAACCAGGUCUUCCCACUUCAGAAAGUCGAUUAUGCCCGAGAGGUGACAGAAGCAUCGAACAGUGCUUUUGUACUAGUCAACCUCACAUCGAUGGGCGGAAACGUUGAAUCGCGCGUGUUGACAGAGCUCUGGCGGGAGCUUGCUGCCAAAUUCGGCGAUAUUAAGUUCUGCGAGAUUCGUGCCGAUAUGUGUAUUGAAGGUUAUCCAGAGAAGAACACGCCCACGAUCUUGGCAUACAAGGAUACCGAGAUCAAGAAGCAGCUCAUUACGCUUCAGCAGUUGAAGGGUCCUCGGACCAAGGUUGAAGAUAUUGAGCGUUUGCUUGUGGAAAUUGGUGCUUUGAAGGAGGGUGAUGUUCGUCUGAAGAAGCGGGAUAACGAGGACGACUACAAAAAGGACGAUGACCUGAACGUUGAAGAUUAUGAUGAUGACUGGGAUUGA